AUUUAUUUCUGUGAGAACAGCAUGAGGAUGGUGCCAGUGGUGAUACGUCUUUAAUUUUGAUAAUACUGCUUCUGCAACUUAUUGAGAGGCUGUAAUGGCUUACCGAUCUGUUACACUAAGUCGCACAUUAGAGGUGUUAGUGCAAAGAAACUGCCUUCCGAGGGUGUUGAUGGGUCAACGCUGCUCACUAGUCGGCUGUUGCAAAUCAAGAAGGCUUCAUAGUACUACUAGUUUAUCAAAAGUUGUUCAAGAAUGGAGGCGGUUUUGCUCCAAACCGCCGAAAGGUUUUGAAAAGUUCUUCAAGGGUCGUAACAAAGAAGCACCAAAAUCUAAAUCAUCACAAUCAACAAAACCUAAGGAAGUGAAAGAACCAGAGAAACCUCCUCCAUCUAGAGCUAGUACAGGAAGCAGUAGUCGCAGUAGUGAAAAUAAAACAGAUAAUAUAUGGAAUUCUUAUUUUGGUAGUAAUAGUGGUGGCACUCCAAAGGGGAGAAAACCAAUUGAUGAUAAGGAGAGACAGCAGUUAAUUUACAGUGUCUUGGCAACUGCAGCUGGGGCUGCUUUUAUUAGUUAUUUUAUGUUUGGUGGUAGUGCUGUGGAAAUUACAUGGAAACAGUUUGCCCAGGAGUAUUUACCAAAGGGUUCG